CAAGGCCACGGGAGCUAAGAAGGACAACUGUCAAUAAGUAAGGCAACUCCAGUCAGGAAUAGCAGCGAAACGACUUUAGUACUUCAGUUUUAUCUUACGACUGGAACAAGCAACAUUAAAUUAUAAACUCAUUUAUUUUCAAGUUUUUAAAAAAAAACAAUUAAUUAAGGUUAUUUUCAUUAUAUAUUUUUUCGAAACCUCGAUUUACUUAUUUAAAGUUCAAUAGCAAUAUAAAAUCGAAUAAGAAGAUUUCCAAGGAAAGAUGCACAAAUCAGUUAUCCUUGUUUUGGUCCUGCUGGUCGGUGUUUCCCUGGCAAGAAACUCGCGUAGCUCGUCUGAAUCCAGCAGCUCACAAGAAUCUUCCAGUGACCAGGAUAGUGACGCCUCAUCACGUGACAGUAAGUCACGUGACAGCGACACGAGCGAAUCCUCUAGACACCACCAUCGCCACGGAGGAUCUCACCAUCACCACGACCAUCACGGCAACAACCGCGUGGACCACAAUAACGUGGACCACAACAACGUGGACCAUAUUUUAGAAAGAUUGUCGCGAGAGACGGACGAGUCCGAUUCAUCUUCGGCAGAUAGCAGCAUUGACGAGGAUGACUUGAGGGAGGUGGAUGGACUACUUGCCGAGUGGGGCGGGGAGCAUUCAACGGCGGCGGCGGCAGCUGUUUUAUCCGGCCUGAAGGGAGGGGAGGGCAAAGAGGAGAUAGACAAGUUCAAGGCCAACUUAAAAGACAAAAUGUCCAGUAUUGAAGCGUCGGUCAACGACGCCAUUGAAAACGAAAUCGAAGAGAAGCCUUACCAGUCCGUGCAUGACGUCAUUUUUCGCGCGCUGGUCGGUCAAGUUCUGGGAGAAAUGAGGUCAGACUACAAACACCUGCGGGCCUCGAGGAAAGAUUUGCAGAAGUUAAAAAGGAAAAUGAAGGCCGCGGCCAGGGACCUUCAUUCGCGCAACAACCAAGGAAAAUAUUUCGACUUUCGGAAAUUGAAAAAAUUUCUGGCCUACAAGAAAAAAUUUGUGGAGAAAAAGAAAGAGUUUAUCCUAGAGGUCGUGGAAGUCAAGGACAAGUUCGUGCGUGCUCUAAAGGUCAUGUCCGUUAUUUAUCAGCAGAGAACCGGGACCGUGAGAGACUAUUUGCACGUGCUGGGGUCGGUCGCGAGCAACAAGACCGAGGUACCGAGUCAGAUCGAGGCUUUCUAUCAAGAUGCCGCGGCCCAGCCCCCCGUCGCAACAACAGAUGACGUCAUCGACCCAGGGACGGAACCGCCAGCAACCACCCCCAGCCCGGCCAAUCACACUUCCGGUGACCCCGUGUCUGAUAUCUUGGCAACUGUUAAAAAUAUGAAAUCGGACAUUUAUGAUAAAGUGUCGUCUGCUGUCGAAUUCAAGAAAUCGAAAGUAGAAGAGAAGAUUGAACUGAUGAAGAACGCGACAGAAAGCUGCAGUCUAGCCAAGGACGAGCUUCCAACCGUGGACAUACCCCAGUCUGUUCCAUCGUCUGACAUUGUGGACAUCCCACCGGAAGUUGAAACCGGCAUCGAUGACGUCAUCAGUUCUCGUGUAGACGACACGCCGCUGAACGCCACCGAUGCCAAUGACGUGAUUGCUACAGGGCUGAUCCAGCAGCUAGUCCAAGGUUUCGCCUCCAGCAUAGAACGUCUGAAGGAUCUGAAGCUGGACUUCCUCCAGUCUCAAGCGGCCACCGUGCUGGAGCUCGACUCUCUCAGAAACGCCCUCAUCAACGGCAGCGUCAACAUCACGACUGACGUGUUCCGGUCCCUACUGGCAGACCUGGUCCGUAGCAAGCUUGAUUACGUCACGCAGGUCGCUGAGAUCAAGGCCGGCAUUGUGGAGACAUUAAAAAACAUGUCGCAAGCUUUCGCCAACCGCACGGGGCAUGCCAUCAACUACAUGCAAGUGAUUGCCUCCCUCAAAAACUCCAGCGUGGAGUUGUCCCCCGUGUUUCAGGAGUACCUCAACGAUCUGAACGUGGCCGCACGAGCAGACGGACUGACGCUGGAUGUGGCGACAGCGGCGGAGGAUGACGACAGCGGGGUUGUGCUGGCACUCAGCGUGGUUGGCGCUGUGGUUGUGCUGGUUGCUGCGGCUGCUGGUGUGGUUGUCUUGGCCCGCCGCUCCGGCAAGAAACGUCUCUACUCCCGCUUCCCUGAGUAAUGUGCCUGUGUGCACGAGCGGAGGGGGGGGGGGGGGGGUGAGGCGUGAAUUGUUAAACAGAUGUUUUCAAGUCGGGGGAGCAACUACACCCUAGGCUCUCACGUCAGAGUCAAAAAGUGCAGAGGAGAUGGGGUGGGAGGUGUUGGGGGGGGGUUACUGAAUAAAAACCCUAAAAAUAUUUUUUUCCUAUGAAAUUUUACAUUUUGUUUUAGUAAAGACGGAAGCAAAUAUUAAAAAAGCAGCCUUU